ACUACACUAUACACUUUAUUGUAAGGCACGAAGGACUAAAAUCCUCGAAGAAUUCGUGACGGAAAUCGUACAAAAAUAGGAUUGCCAACAAUUUGAGUUGAGUGACGUCACAAACGGAGCGAUCUGUGGGAGCGAUGGAGCCUUGAGCCUUCUAAAAUUACAUGAGAGCUCAAGAAAACAUUAUUCGAAGUUUACGCUCCAAUUUUCACUACGCUGUUGUACAUACGAGAGCAAGUGGAAGUGGCACAGGCAACAGUGUACGACGCGAGAGGCUUUAAAAUAAUUUCGUUCGCACCGAGAACAGUGAAAACGUUUAUUGUUGAAAACAGUCGCUUUGGUUACGAAAAAUCCUUAAUAUUCGCAACAAACUAAAGAUGCAAAGACGGCGCCCGGCCAGACUGAAAGCAGACUGAGAGCCCCGCCCGCAGCAUGCCCGUGGUGUCGCCGUCGCGCUACACGCCGGCCUCGGCCGCGCUGUCGGGCUCCUACCGCUCCACGCUCAGCGCCGCGCCCGGCGACAAGCCCUACUACCGCUCCGGCACCUACGUGUCGUCCACCGUGCGCAGCUCGCACGCCGAGCGCACCACCGAGUUCCGCUCGCGCUACAGCGAUGUGGACGGCAAGCGCGAGCGCAAGACGUCGCUGGUGGAGUACUCGCGCGACGCGGACGCGGGCCGCUACCGCGCGGAGCGCAGCGAGUCGCGCUCGCGGGACGCGUCCGCCGCGCGCAGCGAGUGCUCGCGCUCGGCGGCCGGCGAGCUCCCGCGCGCCAAGCGCGGCGCGCCCGGCGCGGCGGCGCUCGCCAUGUCCACGGUGGACUUCUACAACAAGUACUCGCCCGCCAACUACGUGCCGCUGACGCAGCGCAUCCAGCAGGCGCAGGCGCAGAGCGGCUACGGCGAGAUCGCGCGCUCCAAGUCCAUAUCGAACGACAUCGGCCGGCCGCCCGCCGCCGACUGCCGCCCGCGCCGCGCCAGGAACUGCACCAUCGCCGAGAGAGCCGAGGGCCGAACCAAGGACGGGUCGCCGUCGCCCGCCUACGCCAAGCGCCACUCGCUGGCCAACGGCGCGCGCGACACCAACGGCAACGAGGUGCCCCCCGGGGCCGACGCGCGCCGCCGCCUCGACUGCAAGAUGGCCGUGACCAAGCUGCCGGCCGACGAGUCGCGCCCGCCCGCGCGCGCGCUGCGGCACUACCUCAGCCAGCUGGAGGACUGCGACGGCACCGGCCCCAAGCGCGGCGACGAGCGGCCCGUGCCCGUGCACCUGCCGCCCGCCGACCGCAACGGCAAGACGCCGUCGCCGCCGGCGGCCGCGCUCGCCGCCAGGCGCCCGUCCGAACGGUUGGCUAGUAUCAAGAAUCAGUUAGAUCCGAACAACCCGAUAGGAAAAAUUCUAGAAAAAUCGACAGUCAUCCAAGUGGAAAACGGCGACGCAGAUCACGCCGAGCGCAAAGCGCUCCGCGGCAGUCCCGAGACCAAGGCCAAGGAUCUGAAGAGCGACAUAGAGAAGCAGAGCAAGGCGCCGAAGCACACCACGAACUUCGCGUCCUACAUACAGAUAUCGCAGCCGGUCGCGUCCGGGGCGACGCCCAAGAAGCCCGCGGAGGCGAGCGACAGGCUCAAGAACAAGGAAGCGAAGAAGUCGAUCAAGUACAUCGACUCCGAGGAGGACCGCCUGUCGCUCGAGAACGAGAUGGAGUCUCCCAGCGGCACCGGCUUCGAGAACAAAACCUUCGAGCACGAGAACUUCCUGAAGAAGAGAACGGAGAGCGGCGAGGCGGAGGCGAAGGACGACGGCGCCAAGUCCAUGGAGACCAGCACGGAGAGCACCGUCAGCGAGCUCACGGUGGACUCCAGCCCGGAGACGCCGACGGCGCGCAGGAACACCUUGGACUUGAAGGACUAUGACUAUAUCAAGUCGGAGUUGGCCGGCGGCAAGAGCGGCCCCAGCGGAGUGCGGCGCAGCUCGGAGCGGGCGGACGUCGAGCGCGGCGACAAGCUCUCGCACACCAGCGGUCUGAACGGCCUGCGCAACAUCGGCAACACUUGCUUCAUGAACAGCGUGCUGCAGUGCCUGUCCAACACGCGCCUGCUGCUGGAGUACCUCGCCGACGACAAGUACUCCGCCGACAUCAACACCUCGCUCUCCUGCAUGAAGGGCGCGCUCAUCAAAGCGUUCGCGAGCGUGGUGAAGGAGCUGUGGCGCGGCGGCGAGCGCGACGCGGUCGUCAACACCACGUCGCUGAAGGCGCAGGUGCAGCGGUUCGCGCCGCGCUUCAUGGGCUACAGCCAGCAGGACGCGCAGGAGUUCCUGCGCUACCUGCUGGAGGGGCUGCACGAGGACGUCAACCGCGUCACCGUCAAGCCCAAGCCGCUGCUGACGGAGAUCGACGACGGGCUCAGCGACUCGGCCAAGGCGGCGGAGGCGUGGGCGCGCUACCUGCGCACGGAGGACAGCCGCGUGGGCGACAUCUUCGUGGGACAGCUCAAGUCCACGCUGCGCUGCACACACUGCCACCACGACAGCGUCACCUUCGACCCCUUCUGGGACCUCAGCCUGCCGAUCCCGUCCCGGACGGGCAACCUCAAGCUGACGCAGUGUCUGCAGCACUUCGUGCGAGAGGAGGAGCUGGACGGCGACGAGAAGCCGACGUGCUCCAAGUGCGGCGUGCGGCGCAAGUGCCUCAAGUGGUUCACGGUGCAGAAGUUCCCGCAGGUGCUCGUGCUGCAUCUCAAGAGGUUCUCGCCCACGGAGCGCUUCCGCGGCAAGCUGUCGGUGGUGGUGGAGUUCCCGCUGAGCGCGCUCGACAUGUCGCCGUUCGCGGCCGCGCCCACGCACGCCACCUACAACCUGUACGCCGUCAGCAACCACUCGGGCACCACGUACUCGGGCCACUACACGGCGUACUGCAAGCACCCCUACACCGGCGACUGGCACGAGUACAACGACUCCAGAGUGUCAGUGAUCGCACCGCGCGACGUGGUGUCGGCGGAGGCGUACGUGUUGUUCUACGAGCUGGCGCCGCGCGCAUAGCGUACGCUGUAACCCAGCGCGAGCCGAACGGGUCUGUUGCGGAAGUGUCCGCUGAGCGUGGCGCGCUCGCACUGCGUCGUGACGUGACGCGCGGCGUGACGCGACGUGCGGGACUGGUGCUGCUGUGAGUGACUCAGUGACACGCUGUGCGUGCGCGUGUACCGGCCGUGCCCCGAGUGUCAGGCAGCUGGCCACAAUCGCUUUACAUGUCGUCUUCGUCUGAGUACGUACGGUCGCUAUAUACGACUCUGAUGAUUACGCUACAGUAUAAUACUCGAAGUCAGCCAACAGAUGGCUGUACAUCUGCACAACACACUCUGUGUUGUGUUUGUGACAAAACAACAGAUUUUCCAUAUUACAAAUAAUAAUAAUAAAUUGACGAAUUUUGUUUUGUUUACAUUAAAACAUUUAUCAUUUUAUAGUAGUUAUAAUGUGUAAUAAUGUAUUGACAGUCGACUGUGUGAGUUUUAAGUUCGUUUCUGUCCCUCUCUGUCUUUAGUAUUGUGUUAGACAAAGAGAGGUAGAGAUGAUAUCGAGACUCAAUUCAAAGUGAUUGAGAAAUGCUUGUGUAGGGGCGCGGGUACACUAGUUGAAGUUUGCUGAAGUUUGAUUGAAAAAUAAGUAUAAUCACAAUUUUUAUUUAGUAUUUAUUCUACAAUAAACAAAAACAGAAAAUUUAAUAAAUAUUUCGAAACAUGUAAAAUUUUUGAGAUGUAGUAAAGUGAUGUGAUAGUCACGAGGGGCCAGACGUGUGAGACGGAGGUGUAGGUCUGUGUACGGACUCGGGUCGAGGCUCGUGGGGGGUCGGGGUCACAGUAGUGUUGUAAAAACAAGUACAAACUGCUUUACAUAGUUUAUUAAUAUAAAAAAAAACUAAAAUAAAUAGAUAUAUCACAACAGCUAAUCUACAGCCAGCCCUGUGCUGUUUAAGUUAUGCGUAUUUAAAUAUCGUCGUGGGCACGCUGUACGCUGUAAUGGCUCCGAGAAAGUCUUGUUUUGCUCACACGUAAUGGACAGGAUAUUGUUUUAUUGUAAUACCUAAUUAUUAAGUUAUUUUAAUAAAUUGUUUUUUUUAUUUUUUUUAUAAUUUUACCUUUGUUUAUUGUGGGAUAAAAGUUUAUUCAAUCUAAUCAUGUCUCGAUAGUAAAGCACCAGGAAAUUUUCAUAAAGGAGUUCGCCAUCUAAUAUAAUUAUUAUGAUUUUGACAUCACAACUAAAAUAAGAAUCUCAGUGAGAGCGGAAUGAGAACGCUAACGACAUGCAGACUGAACUGUCUCGACAGCUGUACCGCUGAUGCCUGUCUACGAUAAACUGUGUUAAAGGCGUGUAGUGUAUAAUUGUGUAAAACAAUUUAUUUUAAAAUAUUUCUAUAAAAUAUAUUAUGAAAGAGCAUAAUUAUUACAUAGAUGUAUCACCCGGUUGUACUUACGAUGUUUUACUCGUCAGAUGUAAAUAUGUAUCUAAGUGUCGGAUAUCAAUGUGUGAGAGUCAAAUUGUGUGAUGUACCUCGAGCCGGCGUUAUUAAUGUCUGAACAUUUGUUACACUAACCCUCUCGGUGAUGACAUUUGACUCUAAAGUGAACGUCAAACAGUAUCUCGCUUGUCACAUACGAGGAAGUAUUGACACGAGAUAUUUAGUCAGCUUUCAAAUGCGCUUAAAGUGUCUCUGUUUAUUUUAAAAACUUUUAUAACGAUAACCGACGCGCGCCGCUCACGUGUCGAUGAGUUAGUUGCUCUUCGUCUAUACUAAAACCAAAAUCGAUGCAGAAUGUCAUUUUGUACCUAACUAAUUUAAAAGUAUGUGACUGUGCGCGGUGGGUCGUCAUCGUACGCCACGCACGAAAUCCUCGACUGAGGCGUGCGCUGCAGUAGACCACUUUUCAAAUAAUGGACCACAUUCAUCGAAAGAUAUUUAAAUUUGAUUGACACUGCCCUGAAGCAUGUGUUAACUUGUUAUCAACUUGAUCUAUUCAAAAGGUCUGCAAAAAUGGCCACGCGUCAUAGCACUGAAUAUUGAAUAGCUUUGUCUGUUUCUUUACAGACUUCGUGUAUAAAUUGUUCUCUUUUUUAAGAGAAAGAUACUAAGGUAUAUCACUAAACUGUGGUCGGCCAUGUCGUCGUCAAUAUACUAGCGCCGCGUCUUCGGGGCUUCUUUCGUGGCGUGUGAUUCUAGAACCACGUUGAAUCAUUUCGUUCAUUCAUCAUUACGUUACCACAUCAGUUAGCUAUUUUAAUAUUAGUAAUUAUGUACAUCAGUCUCGUGAGAAGAGAAUUAUGAAGUGAACAUAUAAAAUUAAUUAAAUAUUGUAAAAAUGCCUUUCGGGCGUCGACAUACGUCCAUGUAAUGCUUCGACUGUCAAAAACAUGAACUGGGGAGGAAUUUGCUAUUAAAUUAUGCUAUUUAGAUGAUAAAAAGAAGUAGGUACGAAAACGUUGCUCUUAGUUGCUGUACUGAGAUGGGAAUAACUCAUUAUUAUGCAAAGUAUUCUUUGGGAGGUUUGGGAGUAUUAGAACAUGCUUUAUUUAUUACACGACCUGGAAACGGGACUCUACCGAUGCUUAACCGCGUCGUAUAUUUUUAAUAAAAAAUUUAUAAAGAUGUGUGUAUACGCGGCACGUUCAUCAUAGUGUUGCCAUGUGUUCAUGCUUUUGACGGGCAAGUCGGUGUUGCUAUGUUAAUUAAUUAAUAUAAAGAGGUUAUAUGCUUUGUUGCGGCGUGGUUGUUUUGUUUAUAUUUUUUGUCAUUAUUGAUAUCUUGUGAUACGAGGGAAUGCUCCAGGCGGCGGACCGUACACCUGCGCCUGCUGAACAUUUGUUUCUAUGUCGGACGGUGAAGUUGCGGUGCGCGGAAUGUGAACAUAUUUUGUAUCACAGGAUAUUAAAUAAUUAUUUGGAGUAUUUAUUAGUAAUUUAUAAUUUUAUUCAUUGUUAAUAAUUUAUGACGAGGUGGAGGUUCGAGCUCGUCAAUGAUGUCGCAGAUUCUGUCAAUCUAUGAUCUAUGGCAGUGCUCGUAGAGUGACACGACGAACUGGCGCCUCACUCGGAUCCACAGAUGAAUCUUAAUUAGCCAAAGAUAUGUUAUCGCUAAACUGUUGUAUUAUUAAUAUUAUAAAUUAAUUUAUUACGUUAAUAUGAAUGUAUCGCAACCAUGCAUCGGUUGACGAGGCUCGCCUCACUAACUAUUAUGUAAAUUACGUAACAGAUUUAUAUGAUAGAGUAUAUAUUUAAAUGAGUAAAUUAUUAUUAAAAU